AUAUUUUAAUACCUCUCCCCGAGACACAUUUUUACUUUCGUAGGCUGUAGCCCACGUCCAGGUUAGGCUGGCAGUUUAGAGCUCAGACGCUAUGUGGCGCUCUCGCACCAUGAGAGGAGCUCGUCCUGCCCGCUACGCUCUGAUAGCUCCGAGUCUGGGAAACCUUCAGAAACUCACCACCCAGCAUUUCAGCCUUCACACCGGAGCGCACAGGCGUGCUGGCGUCCGCGGGAACGCACCGUUCAGGUUAGGAUGGACCCCUCUGCACCGAACCACAGGACCGCUGGGGGUUGUUGGGGGGGGAGAGGCAGAGGCUGGAGGCGUUAGGGGGAGGAGGAAGGAACAGUCAGUUUCGAUUUAAUUCCUUAACCGGCUCCCUUUACGCAGGGUGGAGAGGUACAGUAGUCUGCCGUCUGGCAGUAUAAUCCGCUUGACGGGAGGAGCAGGGAAACACUCUCCAGGCAGAGACAGAGAGAGGGAGGGAAACAUUUAAGUCGGACAGGGGCAGAGAGAGUUGACAGGAGUGCUUGUCAGAUUUGGAGCUCUUUUUUUCCUGCUGCUGAAACCUUAAUAGAACUGACUGAUUGACUCUGAGGAUAAUGCAAGCGGUUUGAAUUCCAUCAUGAGUGGACCAACAAAUGUUCAGUACCAGUCUGGUGUUUAUGGAGGAAACAACAACAGCAGCUCUCCUCUCUCCAGCCGCGGAAAUUCGCCCAUCUUGUGUGAGCGCUGUGGGGAGGUGUGUCGUGGGGAGGUGGUGCGCGUCAAAAACACACACUUCCACGUUCAAUGCUUCACCUGCCAUGUGUGUGGCUGCGAUCUAGUGCACUCUGGUUUCUUCCACCACUCUGGCGAGUACAUCUGUACAGCGGACUACCAGCGGCUCUAUGGGACCCAGUGUGACAGCUGUGAGCAGUACAUCACUGGGGAGGUAGUUUCGGCCCUGGGGAGGACAUACCACCCACAUUGCUUUGUCUGCAGCAUCUGCAGGAGUGCGUUCCCAAUUGGAGACAGGGUGACCUUCUGUGGGAAGAAGUGUGUGUGUCAGCAGUGCUCACACACUCUGAAAAGCGACAAGCCCGUCAAGGUCCACGGACCAAGCUACUGUGCAGGCUGUGGAGAGGAAAUCAAACAGGGUCAGUCUCUGCUGGCUCUGGAGAGACAGUGGCAUGUCAGUUGCUUUAAAUGCAGAACGUGCGGCUGUGCGCUCACUGGAGAGUACAUCAGCAAGGAUGGGAUACCUUACUGUGAGACUGACUACCACACUCAGUUUGGGAUCAGGUGUGAUAGCUGUAACAGGUACAUCAGCGGCAGAGUACUUGAGGCUGGAGGGAAGCACUACCACCCCAGUUGUGCCAGAUGUGCUCGCUGUCAUAUGAUGUUCCUGGAAGGAGAAGAAAUGUACCUUACAGGUUCAGAGGUUUGGCACCCCAUGUGUAAAGAAGCAGCUCGGCUGGCGAGAAAACUGAGGCUGAGACGCACCUCUGAGACGGCAUCCAUUUCUCCUCCAGGCUCCUCUCCUCUCCUCGGCUCCCCUCACCGGCUCAUCUGUUCUCAAGCUGACAGUGACGUUUUGCGCUACAAGGAGCUGGCGGCUCUGCCCAGGGUGAAAGCCAUAUAUGAGAGGCCUGACAUCAUCCCUUAUCAGGCCAACCAUGCCCACACAGACCUUUCAGAUGACACUUUGGAGCGAUACAGCUGCAGACAGUCCUUGGUCUCCUUAUCACCAUACUCUCAUGAUCUCUUGGACGGUGUGGAACUAAGAACGAGGCGUUCCUCCAGCUCUGCCUUCACUGACUCUCCUGCACACGGAGGCUCCCCACUGCAUUAUUAUCUCCCUGGCAGUGAGAGUGGCAGGAGUUCACCCUAUUACAGUCAGCCAGAGCCCAGGUGUGCCACACCAACCACCACCAUCUUCCAAGCCCCAAAGCAUUUCCAUGUGCCAGCUUCUGAGGAAACCAACAUCUACAGGAAACCCCCCAUUUAUAAAAGACAAGCCAUAUCUGUCUCUCCAGCAGCCAGUAAGAGUAAGACCAACGAAAACCUCCUCAAUUCCAGUCGCCUUUCCACCUCCAACGGCAACAGCCUUUAUCACCCAGACUCAAACUACUACCCAUACACUGGCUCGCCGAAAGUCUCCAGGGUCAGGAGGUUUUCGACCGGAGGAGAAGAGGAUGGAUGGAAUCAGAAUAUAAACAAGGGAAUUGGCAGGAUGAUCCUGAAGGAGGAGAUGAAAGCGCGUUCAGGUUGUCACGACAAUGACCAGUGGGGGAGCAGACGCAGUUCCCGCAGUAGCAGCAAAGAGGCGCUGAAUAAUCUGGGAAACUGCUCGCUCAACGGCUCUCCCAGGUCCGUCUACAGUGCAGACAGCGACUCAUACAUUGCCAAAUCGUCCUCGUUGCCAGGCUACGGCAGAAGUGGACUAAACAGGCAGCCUGGGAGUGCGGGUGCAGAUCAUUACCAGUACGACAGCAGUAAUGCAGUUAAUUGGCAGAUCAGAGAAUACAAGAUCUACCCGUAUGAAGCCCUUAUAGUGUCAGUCAGAGGGCAGCAGCGUCUCCCAAGUGAUGUGGAUCGAGCCAGACUGGAGCGUCACCUCUCACCAGAAGACUUCUACAGAGUCUUUGGCAUGUCUAUGUCUGCCUUUGAUCAUCUUGCUCAGUGGAAGAAGAACGAACUAAAGAAACAGGUCAGACUCUUCUGAGAAAAGGAAGCCAGGAGAACCGUCUAACCGAGUGCAGGUCCUCCGCCAACAACAACAACAAGCUCUGAAAAGGGGCCUUUAGAGAGGCCUGCAGACCCCAGAUUGACUGUUUCACAGUGGAAGAGGAACUGGUUGAAAUAAAAGACUCCACUCUUUUGAGGUAACAAGAGCAGAACUGUUCUUGGCUCCUGAUCCUGUGUGUACUUGGACAUCUUAAACAAUACAUAUGAAGACAGCCAACUGGCCAAAAGAGGAAAGAAACUGGAAUCAGAGGAAGGAGAUCAUGAUGACUAUGAGAGGUAGUAGAUGAGCCACACUGGAGCUGCAACAGACAUAAAGCUGAUGAGGAUAUCCUACCAUACUAUGGGGUUGCAACACUGCGCCAAACUUGCAUCUAUGUCCAAAAUUAGGGAGAGAGUUUGGGUAGCGAAUAGGCUGCCUGGAAGACGGACUGGCAUAUUGUUGGAGGCAAAAAGGAUCCAGUGUUAGUCACACAGACGCUAUCAUCAUCAGCGACCAAUAAGAUAAAGAGAAUAGUGUGAUUCUCAUUAGGCUUAUUGAAUGUGACAUACACAGGGUGUUUUUAUCUGUCUAAUAAAGCGAGAUGUACCUGUAUGUGUUUUAAGGGGAAGGUAACCUGAACGUCACACGCAGACACCACAUGCAGAACACUUUACAACCGAAGGGACAGGGGUGUUACCGCCUUUGACUCUUUUCCUGCUUCCAACGUUAGCUACACGAUUGCUGGAUAUAAACCAGACACUAUACAGUAUUAAAUUGCUGUGAGCUGUAGCCUACAUUCACUUCUAAACAGAGGCGGAACAUAACGUAAUCUCUGAGAUUAUUCAGCUCUCAGAGCUGAACCGGGCAGACACAUCAGUUUUCUUCAGAUUCACCCUGGGUUAGGGUUAAUUACGUAUACUGCUAACUUACAAUACUACUAACAUGACCAUCGCCAAAAUAGACUCGCAACUCAGAAAUGAACAGCGGAGCUGCUGUUUGCAGCAGAGGUGCUGAAAUUUGUUAACAAUCAUAUGACAUGUUACCUCUCUCUCUCUCUCUCUCUCUCUCUCUCUCUCUCUCUCUCUGCUUGCUCACACACAUACACAAACACACAAACAGUCUGGUUCUGCUGGUUGAUUAACGCAGAAGGUGCUGAGGACUCUCAUAAUGGGCCGGGUGGGUAGCGCACUGCCAUGAGGCUAAUGUCUGAUUACUCCAUAUUUUCAUUGUGCUAUUUUGAGAUAAUGUGAAUUAACUGUGACAUAGAAAUUAGGUUUUAGUACUGUACACACCCUUUAAAACAAGAUGUUUUUUUCUUAUUUUAUUUGAAGAAAUCAAGGUUUUUGUCAAUUCAUACUCGCAGCUGGACUCAUGAAGCGGCUCAGAAUUUCAGCUGUUGGAUUGCACCAUACUGAAUCAUCUGUGUGUGUGUGUGUGUGUGUGUGUGUGUGUG